GGGCGGGCUGCAGCUUACCCCGAGCACUCUGCUUCUGCCUUGCACACGCGCCCCGGGAUCUUGUCCCUGGUGUUCUGCCUGUCACAAGCGGGGCGUGCGCCCGCCCUUUCCCCGCCGCUGGGAAGCCCCCUCCUGCUACAAGGGACACCCUCCCCUGCGCCUCCGGGGCUGCCGCCUUGGCAGGGCUGCACAGCCACCUCCCGCUGCAGAAGGAGCCGGGCUAACAAUGACUCCCCCUGAGAAAGUUGCCGCCGCGGUGCACUAGGAGGAGAGGCUGGAGAUCCGCGCGCCCCACCCUCCUGUCUCCCCGCGUGUCUGCCCGUGCCCCGAGGGGAGUCGAGCCCGUUCGGGAGGGUGAUGGCAGAACGCGCGGGCAGCAGGGAGCCGCUACCGGCGGGUCCUGCCCUGCCCGAGGCGCUUCACAAGGGCGGGGAGGAAGCCGAGCUGUGCCUAGAGCCGGUAUCCCUGGAAAUCCCUGCGGUGGCUCCAGGCAGGAGACGGGAGCGCCGCAGCGGACUGGCUAUGGCAGGAGCCGCCGAGCGCUUUCCUGGCAGCCUGGGGACCUCGGCGGGGGCAGCAGCGGAUCCCGAAGCCAGCCUCUUGGAAGCUGCCAAGGCGACCCCUCGCAGGAGCAGUAUUAUCAAGGAUCCUUCCAACCAAAAAUGUGGAAGGAAGAAAACUGUGUCCUUCAGCAGCAUGCCAUCCGAGAAGAAAAUAAGCAGUGCUAGUGACUGUAUCAGCUUUAUGCAGGCUGGGUGUGAACUGAAGAAAGUCCGUCCAAAUUCCCGCAUUUAUAAUCGUUUUUUUACUCUAGACACUGACUUGCAAGCUCUUCGCUGGGAACCUUCCAAGAAAGACCCUGACAAGGCUAAGCUUGAUAUUUCUGCUGUAAAAGAGAUAAGACUAGGGAAGAACACUGAAACAUUCAGGAACAAUGGACUGGCAGACCAGAUUAGUGAAGACUGUGCAUUCUCUGUAAUUCAUGGGGAGAACUAUGAGUCUCUUGACCUGGUUGCCAAUUCAGCUGAUGUGGCCAACAUUUGGGUGUCAGGUUUACGUUACUUGGUUUCUCGUAGCAAACAACCUCUGGAUUUAAUGGAAAACAGCCAGAAUACCCCACGGUUUGUGUGGCUAAAAACUGUAUUUGAAGCUGCAGAUGUUGAUGGUAAUGGCAUAAUGUUAGAAGAUACAUCUGUAGAGUUAAUCAAACAGCUUAAUCCUACCCUAAAGGAAUCAAAGAUUAGGUUAAAAUUUAAGGAAAUCCAGAAAAGCAAAGAAAAACUAACAACUCGAGUAACUAAAGAGGAGUUUUGUGAAGCAUUCAGCGAACUUUGCACAAGACCUGAAGUUUAUUUCUUACUAGUGCAGAUAUCUAAAAACAAAGAAUAUUUGGAUGCUAAUGAUCUCAUGCUUUUUUUAGAAGCUGAGCAAGGAGUUGCUCAUAUAACUGAAGAAAUGUGUCUAGACAUUAUCCGCAGGUAUGAACUUUCUCAAGAAGGACGGUUGAAGGGAUUUCUUGCCAUUGAUGGAUUUACUCAGUAUUUGGUGUCCCCAGAAUGUGAUAUUUUUGACCCUGAGCACAGAAAAGUUGUCCAGGAUAUGACUCAGCCUUUAUCACAUUACUAUAUCAAUGCAUCUCACAAUACCUAUCUAAUAGAAGACCAAUUUAGAGGACCAGCUGAUAUCAAUGGUUAUGUCAGGGCUUUAAAAAUGAAUUGUAGGAGUAUUGAACUUGAUGUUUGUGAUGGUCCAGAUAAUGAGCCCAUCAUUUGUAACCGUAAUAGCAUGACAUCACCGCUUGCCUUUCGAAAUGUUAUUGAGGUAAUAAACAAAUUAGCCUUCAUUACUUCAGAGUAUCCUCUCAUUCUCUGCUUGGGUAACCACUGCUCAAUACAACAACAGAAAGUAAUGGUUCAACACAUGAAGAAGAUUUUUGGAAACAAACUCUACACAGAAGCACCUUUACCAUCAGAAGCCUACCUUCCAUCACCUGAGAAACUGAAAAUGAAGAUCAUUGUGAAAGGGAAGAAGCUCCCCUUUGACCAGGAUUUAUUAGAAGGAGAAGUCACUGAUGAAGAUGAAGAGGCUGAAAUAUCUCGAAGAAUGUCUGAAGAUUAUGUGAAUGACCCAAGGCUGAUCUGGCUGUGCAGAGAGUUGUCUGAUUUGGUAUCGAUAUGCAAGUCUGUCCAGUACAAAGAUUUUGUGGUAUCUAUGAAAAGUCAGAAUUAUUGGGAAAUCUGCUCUUUCAGUGAGGCAGAGGCCAGUAGAAUUGCAAAUGAAUAUCCAGAGGACUUCGUCAAUUACAACAAGAAAUUUUUGUCUAGGAUAUACCCAAGUGCUAUGAGGAUAGACUCUAGUAACUUAAAUCCCCAAGAUUUUUGGAAUUGUGGUUGUCAGAUAGUGGCAAUGAACUAUCAGACUCCAGGCCCAAUGAUGGAUUUACAUACUGGCUGGUUUUUACAGAAUGGGGAAUGUGGCUAUGUCCUUAGACCUUCUGUUAUGCGUGAUACAGUAUCUUACUUUAGUGCAAAUACAAAGGGCAUCGUUCCAGGGGUCUCUCCUCAAGUUCUACAUGUCAAAAUUAUCAGUGGUCAGAACUUUCCAAAGCCCAAGGGAGCUUGUGCAAAAGGGGAUGUCAUAGACCCAUAUGUUUGCAUAGAAAUUCAUGGAAUUCCUGCAGACUGUGCAGAACAAAGAACUAAAACUGUUCAGCAAAACAGUGACAAUCCUAUUUUUGAUGAAAGCUUUGAGUUCCAAAUAAAUCUACCAGAACUUGCCAUGAUCCGUUUUGUUGUUUUGGAUGAUGACUAUAUUGGUGAUGAGUUUAUAGGCCAGUAUACCAUACCACUUGAAUGUUUACAGCCUGGAUAUCGACAUAUACCCUUGCGCUGCUUUGUUGGAGAUAUCAUGGAGCAUGUUACACUUUUUGUUCACAUUGCAAUAACUAAUCGAAGUGGAGGAGGAAAAGCACAAAAGCGCAGUCUGUCGGUGAGAAUAGGAAAGAAAGGAAGCGAGUAUACCAUGCUGAGGAACACAAGCCUUAAGAUUAUAGAUGAUAUCUUUAAACUAGCAGUGCAUCCAUUACGAGAGGCCACUGACAUGAGGGAAAACAUGCAGAAUGCAAUUGUGUCUGUUAAAGAGCUUUGUGGACUCCCUCCAAUCGCCAGUCUGAAGCAGUGCAUCUUGACUUUGUCCUCACGGCUUAUAAACAGUGACAAUACUCCCUCUGCCACUGUCUAUAUGAAAGAUACAUUCCCUUACCUGGAGCCUCUGGGGACCAUGCCUGAUGUGCAGAAAAAGCUUAUGGCUGCAUACGAUCUGAUGAUUCAGGAGAGCAGGUUUCUUAUUGAAACAGCAGACACCGUUCAUGACAAGAUUGUUCAGUGUCAGAAAGCAGGCAUGGAAUUCCAUGAAGAACUUCAUAACCUUGGGGCAAAGGAAGGUUUGAAAGGAAGAAAACUAAGCAAAGCCAUUGAAAGUUUUGCAUGGAAUAUCACUGUGCUGAAGGGACAAGGAGAUCUGUUGAAGAAUGCCAAGAAUGAAGCCAUAGAGAAUAUGAAGCAGAUCCAACUGGCCUGCUUGUCAUGCGGACUGAGCAAAACUGGAAGUGGAAACAUGGAUGCAAAAUCAAAACGAUGCCUUGAGGCAAUAGAGGAGAAGGAUACUGGGGAUGAGAACGGCAGGCUGUGAGAGAAGGCAGAGCUGUCAUAUUUGUCAUAUAUUUCAAUAACUUUAAACUAUUUUUUUAAAGCAUUUAAAAUUUCACACAGGAAUGCCUUCUUGUAGGGUGUUGGAAGUAUUAAAUUCCUCACAAUGUCAGUAUUUUAAUGCAGUUAAUUUAUCUAAGUUAAACUCUUUAGUAGUGAAAUUUCUAAUAAAUCCAAGGAGUGGGUGGGGAGUGUGAAUGAGAGAGAAAGCGUGUGUGUGGAAUCCUAGAAAAGCCCGUUUAAGAGUUGCUUUAUCCAUUUACUAAUUUAUUCUUUUGUCAUCUUUGAACAGACAUGUUAAUUCUGAAGAUCAAAACAAAUAGAAUACUUAUUGUAUCAAUUUUGUGCUUCGUUUGACUUUCCUGCCUUUGUCAUUUAAUUUACAACUUUUAAUAUAUUCUGUUUAAAUUAAACAAAACAGAUUUCACUAACAAAUAACCAUUUGUUGUAAGGGUGAAAUUAAUGGAUUGCUACAAAUCCUCAACAUCAUUUUUAAUGAUCAAUUAAAAAUAAGUAAAUGAAAUAUUAAACAGAAUUUCUAGAUAGUUCCUGAUUGGAUUUCAGAUGGACAUUUCAUAGAAUUUUAGCUAGUCUUUGAAAUACAUGCGUCUGAAAUACAUUCAGAUAAUACAUAGUAAUGUAAGAAAUAGCGAACUUCUUUCAUUCAAGAAGGUCAGUGCAACAUUUUAGCUCAGCAGAAUGGCUGCGAUCUUUGCAGAAAUGCAUUUAACUUGUGUAAUAAUAAACACAGCUUCUGCCCUCUAGUUAUGAAGUGAGAAUUGUGAGCAUUCAUCAAUGAUAAAAUAACAUGGCAGUGAUCUUCAGUAAUUCUGAAAUAUUCAUGAAUGCCAAUAUUUGAAGGAAGGUUAUAGACUUCACAAACUGUGAGCUUUGUAUGACAUUUAGAGAAUGGGUUAAUUUCUUCUUGCCUUACUCAUACCAGUGAUCCUACUUAAGUCCGGUGAGUAAAGUAAGCAGGAUUUGGCCACAGUGUGUCAGUUUUAAGAAGUAUGCCCUGCUAGAGAUUUGAAGUAAGACUGCAGAAUUGCUGAAGAUGUAGCAUAGAGAAAUGGCUUGAAAAAACAGGGUACCAGCAUUCUUGUGCAGCAAUUAUAAAUGUCAUGCCACAACAAAUCCUUAUGGUAGUUUUGAGAAUUAACUCCAUUAUGUUACUGUAGUGUCAUUUAAUGUACACAGAAGAGAUGCAGGACAACAAAUGAAUCCUUAUCCUGUCAUCCUUAAUAGGGUCCUGCUCAUGUAUUCUCAUGGUGUUCAUUUCAGUCUUUUCAGUAUUGUGCUUAAGUGUAGUAUUUGUGUUACCUUUAACAGAACUCAGUGUUCUAUGGUUAUAAAAGACUAUAUUUAUUUAAAGCAUUGCUUUUAUUUUGAAAAGCUACUUUUUAAAUUAAUUUGAUUAACAAAUGUGCUAAUUUUCUGAACUUAACAAAAGGUAAAUUGUUGGAAGUUUGGCCGUCUGAAAAUCUUAUAUAGCUCCUGUGUUAAGUUAUUUUUGACUUCUUAAUAACACUAUUAUGUUCAUGUUGCACAUUACUGAGAGAGUAAAGCUAUGAAACAAC